UUUCCAGGAAAUCCCCGGUAACUAGCCCCGUCCACCUAAACGUAGGUGGUCCGUCCUACCACGGAUGGACCAUGGUUACAGCCUAAUUCGAAUCAAAGGAUCCUAGAAAUCCAAUUUCUUGCUACCAAACGGACGGUGGUAAGCAAAAGCACAGCAGUCGUAAGUCAAUAAGAAAAACGUGUGGGGAAAUGCCGGUUAACCGUAGGCCAUGACGUCCCACUGCCACGAGUACGGUGGACAGGGUCUCCACCGUUUCCUCAUUCUUUCUACUCGGUAGAAGCGGACUUUCAUUCUCAUCCAAGGAUAAUAACCAUCGGCGGUUAUGAACAAAUGAUGUUAGUGGGGAGGGAGUUACGACAGUUAAGGAACUCCAAAGUCCAAAACCCACUUUUUUGAAAAUUCAAAUCCCUAUAAAUUACAAACGCCCACUACACCCAGAGAGCUUCAGAUCUCCCUCCCACAAAGGAAAAAUAAAAUAAAAUAAAAUAAAAUAAAAAAAUAAAAACGAAAUGAUAAUCCAGUUAAUAGAGUUAUGCUUCUUCGUCUGCAUUCUAUAUAUUUUUAAUGGGAUUGCUGAAGCUGCGAAAAGAGGGAGCUCUGGAUAUUUCAAUGUCAAGGACUAUGGUGCUCGCGCCGACGGUAGAACCGACGAUAGCAAGGCUUUUAUGGCCGCCUGGAAGGCAGCAUGCAGUUCCACUGGCGCUGCGAGGCUCCUGAUUCCUAAAGCUACGUAUCUGCUCGGCCCAGUUCAAUUUCAUGGCCCAUGCAAGAACGUACCAUCCAUAACAAUGAACGUGCAGGGUUAUAUAAAGGCAGCGGACCUGAAUAAGUUCCGCCCGUCAGAGGAGUGGGUGCAGUUUGGAUGGAUAGAUAGGUUGACUUUGAGUGGAGGUGGGACCUUUGAUGGCCAAGGUGCCAAAGCUUGGCCGUACAAUAAAUGCCCCACUAGCAGGACAUGCAGACUUCUUCCAACGUCACUCAAGUUCGUGCAGAUGAGAAACACGCUAGUGAAAGGCAUAACGUCGCUGAACAGCAAACACUUUCAUUAUGGUUUGGUCGACUGCACCAACUUCCGAGCCACGGGUUUCAAAAUCAUUGCACCAGAUGAGAGCCCCAACACAGACGGCAUCCAUAUCGAGCGGAGCACCGGCAUCACCAUUGACUCAGCCAAGAUCGGGACCGGUGACGACUGCAUCUCCGUCGGACAUGGCAGCAAAGACCUUUUCAUCAGAGGUGUUACUUGUGGACCAGGCCAUGGAAUCAGUGUGGGGAGCCUGGGAAGAUAUCAUCGUGAAAUCGAUGUGAGCGGACUGGUGGUGGCAGAUUGCACCUUUGUUGGGACUGAAAAUGGCGUCCGGAUAAAGACAUGGUCUAACCCACCGGGGAGCAGUUCUGCUAACAACAUGACAUUCCGGAACAUAGUCAUGAACAACGUUCGAAAUCCCAUCAUCAUCGACCAGACCUACUGUCCGUACAGAAAAUGUGCUUCCGCGUCGUCUACGCCUGUGAAGCUUAGAGACAUCUCUUUCCAAAACAUUAGAGGAACGUCAGCCACUCGGACUGCCGUAACACUCCACUGUAGCAAAAACAGCCCAUGCAAGAACGUAAAACUCCAGAACAUUCAUCUAGACUACAACGGCAUGCAAUCCAAUGCCGCAGGCAGCUCCCGUAAGGCCGUAUCCAGUUGCCGAAACAUCAAAGCUGCAUACAGAGGAACCCAAAUACCUCCACCAUGCAGGUAAUAACAUAUAUAGCUGAUGACCCAUAAAUCCAGCUAAGCGACGAUGGCUGUAAAAUUCAUUAAAACCGUCCUUAGCCUUAGUAAAAUCUUCUGCUUUUAUAUUUUAGAUGUUGAUAAUGCAUUCGAGGCGACUUCUCAAGAGAAAUCUAUAGCUUUUUGUAAUACCAUUAUA